AUGGUGCAGCGCACUCUGCUAGAUUUUGUGCGGAAAAAGGACCCAAGUCCAAAUGUGAUUAACGUGGACGCGGAAUCGGAUGAACAGGACGAGGCGGCUUCACGGAAACGCCGUAUGCAAGGUGUGAGGGAACCGGCCCUGGCCUUCACCAAACCAAGGACGGAAAAUAAGGACGAUAUCUGUUGCAGCAACAACUUCUCGGCUCUUAUUACGGACUCCGGCUGGCGUGCCUUUCUGCAACCUCUUACUUCCACCACUAACUUCCGUAACAUAGAGCAGUUUAUAGAGGGAGAGAAGACGAAGGGAAAAGUUAUUCUUCCCCCAAGUGAUUUAAUUUUUUCCGCCUUCAACAGUACACCACUCGACAGGCUCAAGGUGGUACUGCUGGGGCAGGAUCCAUACCACAACAUUGGUCAGGCGCAUGGGUUGUGCUUUUCUGUGCUUCCUGGUGUUCGUCCACCACCGAGUUUACUGAACAUGUACAAGGAGCUUACCACCGAUAUAUCUGGGUUCAAGUCACCUCCACACGGCUAUCUACAAUGCUGGGCGGAGCAAGGUGUGUUGAUGCUUAACGCAACGCUCACUGUGGAGGCACACCAGGCUAAUUCCCAUGCAAAGUGUGGCUGGCAGGCCUUUACCGAUGGCGUUAUUCGUUUGCUUUCUGAGAAGCAUCAAAGACCAAUUGUGUUUCUUCUUUGGGGUGGAUUUGCACGGAAGAAAAUCACAUUGAUUGACCAGAAGCGGCAUCUUGUCAUUGAAAACGCGCAUCCGUCUCCACUCAGCGCGGCCAAAUGGUGGGGCUCUCGACCCUUUUCAAAGUGCAAUGCGGCUUUGACACAGCUGGGGCAUUCCCCCAUCGACUGGAGUAUUCCCAUGUCAGUGGAAAGACGUCACUAA